CUUUGUUUACUUCCUGCCCUCCUCUCAAACCAAAUUCUCAUACAACUAAAAUAUCAAUCUCCGGUAUAAUUUUCGUUAUUAUCGUCAUAUUCUAUUCCGACCUCAAAAGCUUUUCGCAGGAAAUACGACAAACUACUUAUCUGCAAUUCGUCUCUCAAUUUCUAGGGUGAUAGUUGCGUUAUGGCAGGUAAUUGAUUAAUUAAUUAAUCAAUUAUUGAGGUUGAAGGAGGAGAUGGGGAGAGAGAGGGAUUUAUCGAGGUCACCUUCGUAUCGGCGGAGGUAUUCGCCGUCGCCGUCGCCCGUGGGGCAUAGGUAUAGCCGGAGGAGUGGUCGGAGAGAUAGAAGCCGAUCACCUUACUCUCACAGCAGGUGAUACCCGAUUGCUCGGACUCUGUGUGUGUGUGUUUGUGCAUUUAUAACUCACAGAUGUUUAAGACUCACCUUUUUUUAUGUCUUUGUUGAAUCAAUUACAGUUUAUUCAGGCUUGUGAUGUUCGUGUCUUGAUCCGUUAAAGUAUUGAUUGCUUGUCUGCGCCUUUUUCGUGUCGAAGAUAUAUUUUGCAGCUUCAGAAUUAGGACUUUUUGGUGUACUGUGGUAUAAAAAAUUUGUCAAAUUGGAGAUAUUGGGUUGAUUAUCUUGUCAUUAUAUUUAAACAAAAACCAAAUCAAAUUGCAGUUGAAGUGGAUAUUUCCCCUCCUUGUGAAUAUGUAACUUUCAAUUACAUAGUUCUCUUCAUUACACUCAUAUAAAGGCUCGAAUGGAGAAUGUUUAGGUUGAUCUGUCGCAAUGAUGCCAGUUGCAACCAUUACUUCCUGAAAGGUUCAUUUUUGAAGGACUGCAAAGAUAUUUGGGUAGUGUAGAUUUGAUCUGUAUUCUCCACACUUGCUGAACAUGAGAUUGUGAGAGCAAGGGACCAUUCUUUUGAAGGAUCAUUCUUUUCGAUUUGUUAAACUUCUGUUAUGUCUGAGAAGCACAUUGGUGGAUGAACCACUAGUCUUCUGUAGUAAUUCAUGUUAUAUUCCUUCAGCAAAUGGUCAUAUAUCUGCAACAACUCACCAGCAGACUCUUAUAUUACGUCAAGAUCUGUGAUUUCUGCUAUUGCAUCGUGCUGUGAUUCUGCAUAUGAGAAUUGUCAACCAUCUGUCCGCAAUUUGAUACUCUUUGUGCUUGUAGUUGAUGGCUGUCAUACUUCUUCAACUCUUGCUCUUUCAUCUUGAGUAUAUAAGUUGCUCGAUUAGUGUGAAAGGUAGUUGUUGGACUACACCUGUUGUACACUCUCCUUUCUUUCUCUUUUAGAGACUAAAAGAUCUGACUUGGGGGAGUUUGGGAAAAGUCUAUUAAAACAUGAGUCACACACUACUUGUCUUCUUGGCGUGAAAAUUUAAAUUUAAAAAAGAAACCAUGGCUUCCCUUUGAUAUGGGAAGUUAGCAGGUGAUGGGUGGCGAUGGGUGUCCUCCUGUUGCUUGUUUGUGACAUUAGCAGUAUCUUAUGGUAAAAGAUGGAGCAGUCAGUUUAAUAUCAAUUAAUGAGAAGAAGACGAAGUCGUUCGAUGUCCUCUCGACAUCGGAAAAGUCGUUCCCCUACCCCAAGACGACGUAAAAGUCCCUCUCCAACACCAAGGCGACACAAAAGACAAAGAACUAGAAGUAUCUCACUCAGUGCAUCUCCCGGUGUUAGUGUUGGUAUAAAGGAGCAGAAAGAUAUUAGUGAAAAAUUAAGAAAAGAGGAAGAAGAAAAGAAAAGGCGUCAACAGGAGGCAGAACUGAAGCUAGUAGAAGAAGAAACUGCAAAGAGGGUAGAAGAAGCAAUUCAAAAGCAAGUGAAAGAAAGUUUGGACUCUGAGGAGAUUAGGGUUGAAAUUCAGAGGCGACUGGAGGAAGGUCGGAAGCAACUAGUUGAAGAAGUUGCUGUUCAACUUGAAAAGGAGAAGGAAGCAGCUCUUAUUGUAGCUAGACAAAAAGAGGAACAAGGCCGCAAAGAGAAAGAAGAGCUGGAAAGAAUGCUGGAAGAGAACAGAAGAAAGGUGGAAGAAGCACAGAGGAGGGAAGCUUUAGAGCAGGAGCGAAGAGAAGAGGAAAGGUAUCGCAAACUGGAAGAGCUUCAAAGACAGAAAGAAGAGGCCAUGCGAAGAAAAAAACAGCAAGAGGAGGAAGAACGAGCAAAGCAGAUUAAAGUGCUUGGCAAGAACAAUUCGAGGCCAAAGCUGUCCUUUGCCUUGGGUUUGAAAUGAUACGGAGUUGUCGUCUUCUUUAGGUUGGAAGGUCUUGUAGAAAUUUUGUUAUUCGAUUUUCUUGACAACUUUUUGUAUUUAGCAGCUACAAGUGGAAGCUUGCAUUGUAAUAGGAAAUCUCAUGCUGGUACAGGGUUUGUUGUCUUAUUAAUCUGUUCGUUUAGUUUGUUGUCAA